GUGCCAUUCUCGGACACACACCCGGGGUGGUGUGAAAGGACACAGUCACAGCCGCCAGUUUGUGAUCCUGCCUGACUUACACGCGUAGCCUGAGCGCUCCAUAUUGGGUAACUGUCCCAGUGAGGGUAAACAAACGCCAGCUCACACCUAUCAGCUGAAGUGGGAGUAUAGAGUGUACUGCUGCUUUAACACACUGAAAACAUUGAGUAGUAGCCUAGUCAUUCAUUUGUAAUUUGAGGGGAAUUUGGAAUUGGAAUAAUGGCAUUCCGGAAGACCAAAAAAGAAUCCAGAGAAGAGUACCUGUCUGUGAAGGACUUGGAAAAGAUUUUGGAUUCUUGCACGUUGCGGUUGACCCAGAUAAAUGAGGUUUGGCCGAACAUAUUCAUAGGAAAUGUGGCAAUUGCCCAAAACAGGAGUACCUUACAGAAGUUAGGCGUCACUCAUGUUUUAAACGCUGCUCAUGCCAAGCGAGGCAGCAUAGGGGACCACAGAUUUUAUGGCAACAGCUUUGUUUAUUAUGGUAUUCCAGCAGAGGACUCGACUCACUUUGAUCUGGAUGUUUACUUCAAGCCCGCAGCUGAUUUCAUUCACAAAGCAUUGAAACAACCAGAUGGGAAGAUUCUCGUCCAUUGCAUUAUGGGUAUGAGCAGAUCGUCUAGCUUGGUGUUGGCGUACCUCAUGAUGUAUUGUCACAUCCCCCUCCAUUGUGCUCUUCAGAAAGUAAUCCAGAAAAGAGCCAUUUACCCUAACAGGAACUUCCUGGCUCUGCUGCUGGACCUAGAACCCAGCAAAACAGACCAAACCUUCAGCUGA